UCCCUCCACCAUCAAUCGCAGCAUCAUCAUUAUCAUCAUCAUCAUCUUCCUCUCUCUCUCUCUCUCUCGCUGCUGCUGCUGCUCCUCUUCGUCUUCACUUGAGGAGGCGACGACCCUCGGUCUUGACCUCGUCCGAGUCGAGUGCGGCGGGUCGGGGUCGGUGGUGGGAGCGCGGCGGCGGUCAUGGAGCAGCAGAGGAACCCCAAGGUGGCGGAGGCGGCCGGCGAGCAAAUCGAAGAAAUCCAGCACGGCCCGUUCCCCGUCGAGCAGCUUCAGGCGUCAGGCAUCGCUUCGAUCGAUGUAAAGAAGUUGAAAGAUGCUGGGCUCUGUACAGUUGAAUCUGUUGUUUACUCUCCCCGAAAGGAACUGCUUCAAAUUAAAGGAAUUAGUGAAGCCAAAGUUGACAAAAUCAUUGAAGCAGCUUCUAAACUGGUGCCUCUGGGUUUCACAAGCGCAAGCCAGCUACAUGCACAGAGGCUUGAGAUCAUCCAGAUCACAUCUGGAUCAAGAGAGCUGGACAAGAUCUUGGAAGGAGGCAUUGAGACAGGAUCCAUAACUGAGAUAUAUGGCGAGUUCCGAUCUGGAAAAACUCAGCUCUGUCACACACUGUGCGUCACUUGCCAACUUCCAUUAGAUCAAGGAGGCGGUGAGGGAAAGGCAAUGUAUAUUGAUGCUGAAGGUGCAUUCAGGCCACAGAGGCUAUUACAGAUAGCAGAGAGGUAUGGACUUAAUGGAGCUGAUGUAUUGGAGAAUGUUGCCUACGCUAGAGCUUAUAAUACUGAUCAUCAGUCGAGGCUUUUGCUUGAAGCAGCUUCAAUGAUGGUAGAAACAAGAUUCGCCCUUAUGAUUGUGGACAGCGCUACGGCUCUGUAUAGAACUGAUUUCUCUGGGAGAGGGGAACUGUCCGCUAGGCAGAUGCAUCUCGCUAAGUUCCUCAGAAGCCUUCAGAAAAUGGCUGAUGAGUUUGGCGUGGCUGUCGUGAUCACGAACCAAGUAGUUGCGCAAGUGGAUGGUUCUGCCCUCUUCGCUGGCCCUCAAAUCAAGCCUAUAGGUGGCAACAUCAUGGCGCAUGCUUCCACAACAAGGCUUGCUCUUCGUAAAGGAAGAGGAGAGGAGCGCAUUUGUAAAGUGAUCAGCUCCCCUUGUUUGCCGGAGGCCGAAGCUCGGUUCCAAAUAUCCACAGAAGGUGUCACUGACGUCAAGGACUGAUUGGUCCUGCAUCGUCCUCCCGAAAGCUUGUCUGGGUCGAAUCCAUUCAUCGGCAGCUCUUUUUGCAUCAUUGGAUCGGGAAGCAAUCGGAGCACUGGCUUGUAGUUCGGUGUAAACAGAUUUUGAGGGGCUCUGAUGACGGUGAAGCCUUUUGGGCAUUAUUCAAACUGUCAAUGGCCUCUGUAAGCAUCUAUGGAGAGUGACUCGGGAUCUCAUCCCAUUUGUGUAAACUUGCACUUUGAGUUUGAAUGCCAUUGCAUUGCCUUUCUUGGGUCAUUGAUGGCUAGUGAGUAAAAGGAUCUCAUUACAUUCCGAGUGA